UUUAAUUUUAAUAUUAGGCUCAUCUCUUGACCCUGCCCAAGCCUAGAGAGAAGUGACCGUUAUUGAAUUCAUUUUCGGGUACUUAAUAAUAAAGCUCUCCAUUCUCUAGGGUUAUCUCUUCCUCUGUGUUUUCAUGUCACAUAGAAUAAAGGACAGCAUAGGAUAGGACGAGGUUGAGAAAAAUCACCGACCGUGCCUUGUAACGAGGUUCAGCCACCCACCUCUCUCUGUCUCUUUCCGCGAAGUAAUGGUCUGAUACCUAACUUCCAAGAAGGCUGCUAUUACUUGUUCUUCAUUUCAUAACAAUUACUCACAAACAUGCCUUUUUAUAUCACCACAGUUUGAGAGUCUCCGAGUCUAUUCUAUUUCGUAGUUCAUAAACAAAGGCAUCAAAAUAGUAACACUUCAUACAAGCAAAGGAAAGCAAAGAGUGUUCACUAUUAUUGGAAGAUUGAAAGAUGUUAGAGAGUUUUUUAAAUGAGAAUUUUGGAGGAGUAAAGCCCAAAAACACCUCUGAAGAAGCUCUUCAAAGAUGGAGGAAACUAUGCAGUGUCGUCAAAAACCCCAAAAGACGCUUUCGUUUCACUGCCAAUCUCUACAAGCGGAGCGUAGCCAAUGCUAUGCGCCGUGACAAUCAGGCUACAAGGAAUAACACUUCGACCAGAUAAUUAUGGAAGGUUCAGGAAUGACCAUCAUUUGAUUACAUCCACCUGCUGGUCUAUGCUCCAAAAGAAACAUACUUAUUCUUGUUUUUACUUUUGGUUUACACUUUAUCCCCCAUUUAUUGUUGUACUGUUCUUUUUCUUUUUCAUAUUCUUUGUGAUUCUCUCCACAUUUUACUGUUUGUGAUUCUCUCCAUCCAACUUCAUACGCUUUUUUUUUAUCUGCAUAAGGGACUUUGAGAAAACUUGUACACAAUAUGAUUACUUUUUUAUCUCCUCAAUGCAUACGAUGUUUUAUUUCUUGAAGACUUAUUAUCUCCUUAUUGCAGGAGAAGCUGAGGGUCGCAGUUUUGGUUUCCAAAGCUGCAUUUCAAUUUAUCCAAGGCGCGCAACUAAGCGAUUACAAAGUGCCAGAGGAAGUUAAAGCCGCAGGUUUUCAAAUCUGCGGUGAUGAAUUGGGAUCUAUUGUUGAAGGCCAUGAUGUAAAGAAGUUCAGAUAUCAUGGUGGGGUUAAUGGCAUUGCAGAGAAGCUUUCUGCAUCAACCACUGAGGGGCUCAGCAGUGAUAUUGAGUUACUGAACAAGAGACAACAGAUAUAUGGAAUCAAUAAAUUUACUGAAAGUGAAGUUAAGAGUUUCUGGGUUUUUGUUUGGGAAGCCCUUCAAGACAUGACUCUCAUGAUACUUGGAGUGUGUGCUUUUGUGUCUCUGAUAGUUGGCAUUGCAACAGAAGGAUGGCCCAAGGGGGCUCAUGACGGUCUUGGAAUUGUUGCAAGUAUCUUACUUGUUGUCUUUGUGACAGCAACAAGUGAUUAUCGCCAAUCAUUACAAUUCAAGGAUUUAGACAAGGAGAAGAAGAAAAUUUCCAUGCAGGUCACAAGAAAUGGAUAUAGGCAGAAAAUGUCAAUAUAUGAAUUACUUCCUGGUGAUAUUGUGCAUCUCUGCAUAGGUGACCAAGUCCCUGCUGAUGGAUUAUUUGUCUCAGGGUUUUCUGUGUUGAUUGAUGAGUCAAGUUUAACAGGUGAGAGUGAGCCAGUGAUGGUAAGUUCUGAAAAUCCAUUUCUUCUUUCUGGAACCAAGGUCCAAGAUGGAUCAUGCAAGAUGUUGGUUACCAGUGUGGGCAUGAGGACUCAAUGGGGUAAGUUGAUGGCUACUCUCAGUGAAGGUGGAGAUGAUGAAACCCCAUUGCAGGUGAAAUUGAAUGGUGUGGCAACCAUUAUUGGGAAGAUUGGUUUAUUCUUUGCCGUUGUUACUUUUGCAGUUCUGGUGCAAGGACUUGUUAGCCAAAAACUCCAACAAGGAAGUUUAUCUAGUUGGACUGGGGAUGAUGCGCUGGAGAUGUUGGAGUUCUUUGCAGUUGCAGUUACUAUUGUUGUUGUUGCUGUUCCAGAAGGGCUGCCAUUAGCUGUGACACUGAGCCUUGCAUUUGCUAUGAAGAAAAUGAUGAAUGACAAAGCCCUUGUCAGACAUUUGGCAGCCUGCGAGACCAUGGGAUCAGCCACAACUAUAUGUAGUGACAAGACUGGGACGCUAACAACCAAUCACAUGACUGUUGUGAAAACAUGCAUUUGCAUGAACAGCAAGGAAGUGAGCAAUAAGGAUUCUGGUUUGUGCUCUGAACUCCCAGAAGCUGCCGUGAAGCUUCUGCUACAGUCAAUAUUCAAUAAUACAGGAGGAGAGGUUGUGGUUAACAAACAUGGAAUACAUGAGAUUUUAGGGACACCAACUGAGACUGCAAUAUUGGAGUUUGGCUUGUCAUUAGGUGGAGACUUUCAAGGAGAGAGACAAGCAUGUAAACUUGUUAAAGUUGAGCCAUUCAACUCUACCAAGAAAAAAAUGAGUGUGGUGGUGGAGCUUCCUGGUGGAGGUUUAAGAGCCCAUUGUAAAGGUGCUUCUGAAAUAAUUCUGGCUGCUUGUGACAAAGUUCUCAACGCUAAUGGUGAGGUUGUCCCACUUGAUGAAGAAUCAACUAACCAUCUUAAGGCUACAAUAAACCAGUUUGCAAGUGAAGCACUUAGAACUCUAUGCCUUGCCUACAUGGAAUUGGAAAAUGGGUUCUCAGCAGAGAACCCUAUUCCUGUCUCUGGAUAUACUUGUAUAGGAGUUGUUGGUAUCAAAGAUCCUGUUCGUCCUGGUGUUAAGGAGUCUGUAGCAAUGUGUCGUUCAGCUGGAAUAAAAGUGAGAAUGGUUACAGGGGACAACAUUAAUACUGCAAAGGCUAUAGCCAGGGAAUGUGGGAUUUUAACUGAUGAUGGCAUAGCCAUUGAAGGUCCAGACUUUAGAGAGAAGAGUCAGGAAGAGUUGCUUGAACUGAUUCCCAAAAUUCAGGUUAUGGCUCGAUCCUCACCUUUAGACAAACAUACAUUGGUGAAACACUUGCGUACUACAUUUGGGGAAGUGGUAGCUGUAACUGGUGAUGGAACUAACGAUGCCCCAGCCCUUCAUGAAGCUGACAUUGGACUUGCAAUGGGUAUUGCUGGAACUGAGGUUGCAAAAGAAAGUGCAGAUGUCAUAAUUCUGGAUGAUAACUUCUCCACAAUAGUAACAGUGGCCAAAUGGGGACGUUCAGUUUACAUAAAUAUUCAGAAAUUUGUUCAGUUUCAGUUGACCGUUAAUGUGGUUGCAUUAAUUGUGAACUUCACUUCCGCAUGCUUGACAGGAACUGCGCCUUUGACAGCUGUUCAGCUUUUGUGGGUGAACAUGAUAAUGGACACACUGGGAGCACUUGCACUUGCCACUGAACCUCCAAAUGAUGAUUUAAUGAAGCGUUCACCUGUUGGAAGGAAGGGGAAUUUCAUCAGCAAUGUCAUGUGGAGGAACAUAUUAGGACAAUCGUUGUAUCAGUUUAUGGUUAUAUGGUUUCUUCAAUCAAGAGGAAAAUCAAUCUUUUUACUCGAUGGUCCCGAUACGGAUCUGGUCUUAAACACGCUUAUUUUCAACUCUUUUGUGUUCUGUCAGGUUUUCAAUGAGAUCAACUCACGUGAGAUGGAGAAGAUAAACGUUUUUAAAGGAAUAUUGGAUAAUUAUGUUUUCGUGGGUGUCAUCAGUGCUACUGUUUUCUUCCAAAUCAUAAUAGUUGAGUACUUGGGAACCUUUGCAAACACAACACCUCUCUCUCUGACACAGUGGUUCUUUUGCUUAUUUGUUGGAUUUUUGGGCAUGCCUAUUGCUGCUCGCUUGAAGAAGAUUCCUGUCUGAAGCACGUGAACGCUAAUUCUUCAACGUAAUAAAGAAGUGGGCCCGUGGCUUAUUCUUGUACAUUCGCUAACUCUUUUGCUCGAGGCUUUCUUGGGUUAGAAUCAGAAAUGGAGCAACGAAGUGGAUCUCUAGAGCCUCGUUGCAGUCAUCAGCAAGCGGCUGACAAACCACCCGUUAACCAUUUUAUUUAAUACAUUAUUUAUUUUCUAGUCCAGUAGAAUGAUGGAUGAAAAUCUAGACUCAUUGCUGUAGAUAAUGUCGAGUCUUGUUGCUGAAAUACAUCGGGUAGAUAAAUAAGUAAAUUACCAGCCUUGUUCCGUUUGUUUGAAUUUGUGGGAACAAAUUCCAUUUGUUUGUUUAUGUUCUAUAAUGGUGAUUUUGAAUUGCCCCUUCCACUAUUUUAAAGGCAUUAUUUCCUCGUUUAUGGCCUUAAUUUGUCUUGUAAACACGGUUCAUAGGAUGACAAAUGAAUUGAGAUCCUCCAAGUGUGAAGUUCACUGUAAAGGUGCAGUUUUAAAUCCAGCCAUUAAAAUAUAUAAAAAUUUAUUAUUU